CUCUUCCAAUUUUCCGUAGCGUGAUUUCUUGCUCUUUCUGCUUCUAGUACUUCGUUUGCUUUUGUUUUUAUUCUUUAAUUAGUUUAUUCUUUCGUUCUUAAGAGCUAGCUGGUAAAUAGAAAAUAAAUACUAGAUAUAAUCCUUUGGUGAAUGAUAAAAUAUUUCGAUGGAAUCUGAAUUGUUUUGUUUAUAAUUAUUGCUUGCUGAGGAAAGCAACUUUUUUGUGUAUGUCUGUGUGUCUGUGGCAUUCUCUAAAAGAAAAUCAAGGUUAUUAAAAGGACUUGCUUGGUGCUAAUGCUUAUUAUGCUUUCUGCGAUUUUCACCAAUUUUACCAAGACUUAUCUUUGAUAUAUGGGGUUAAAAGUUUUGGUUUGAUUUAGUUUGGUUUGUGGAUCUAAAAGUGGAAGGGAAUUACCAUGUAGUGUAAAAAUAUAACAUCAUCUCAUGGAUAAGAUCCUAGGCGUAAAGGGGAAUUUUUGCCUUUGUUUGAGUAGGUUUAGUGAAGAUUAAAAUAUGACUUUUAAAAAAUAAAUAAUUAUAUAGCUGAGAGGGACAUUUCAUAUAUAUAUAUUUGUCCUGAACUGUGCUGUUUCCAUUUCACUCUGUUCUGAAAAGAAUAAUAGAUUGAUCCAGAAAAACGAAGAGCAUUGCGAUGAUGUCAAGGUGGAUGGGUGAUAAUAUAAUAUAAUAAAAUACUGGUUUUAAUUUGUGCCAUCUAACAAAGCUGUAGCCAAGAAUUGCAAUUGCACAUAUUGGAUUUGAAUAAGACUCAUUAAGUGACCUAAAACACGAUUGUCACUUGAUACAUAAUAACCUUAUAUUAUAAUUCUGGACACAGUAGUCUAUAGUGUGCUAUAGCAGAGAUUUGGAAUGGAGUGGCCCUGGACUGCUGUGAGAUUCCGAUAGUGGAGUGGUAUUCAAUAGUAGCCAUUGUGGCCACAAUAGUGGCUUUUCGUGUGCUAUAGAGGUGCUAUCAUGAUAUAAUUUUCAAAAACCAUUUUUACCCGUGGAGUACUGUUGUUCAGGGUUUUGUUGGGUACAUAUUCCGCAUGUUACCUCCUUUUGUCCUUUGUUCCUUCUCACAUUGAAACUUUUCUUUUUAGACUUCCUAGAUUGCAUUCUGCUCAUUUCUAUCUAAUUUUAUUCUUUUUCUAUUAAUUUCACAAAAAUAUUUUAUUUUUUGACUUAAUUACUAUGUUCUUAUUGCUCCUAGGUUGAUGGUGUGUGUGUAAACUGACUUAUUAUUUAUCAUGCAUUUGUUUAAUUUUGGGUAUUUAGUUUUGUUUUGAUUAUUUAUGUGUGUAGUAUAUAUAUUUGUAGUUCGUAUUAUAACAUUUAAAAUAGAGGUCAUUCUGAUAUUUCCAGUGUUGGCCACUACGCAUCGCUAUCCAGGAUUGAUAAAGAUAACUAUGAUUCUAGAUUCACAUAACUGAAGAUUGCACUUAUGAAUAUACAAACACACAUAAAUAUAUAAAUAUAUGCAUAACAGAAUAAUGUUAUCCUUCUGUCUAUUGCUUUCUGCUGCAUUCAAGGUAUUAAUCGUGGGCAUCUGGACAUAUUUAUCUUGUCUCGUCUUUUGUGCUUUCUUUCAUGUGAACUGGAACCGAAAUCAUCAAAUGUAUUGCAUGCAAGGAUACAAGUUCAUUAUCUCUUGUCCAUUGGUUAAAGUAUGGUUAUGCAUUAAGGACUCAGUAUUGCAGGAAAUAUAUUAAAGUCUUCUUUUUAUUAAAGCAAAAAUGUGGAGCUUUGUUUCUUGAAUUUUGAAGUUAAGCUUCCUCUAUACUGUUUGUAGUCAAAAAAUAUUAUGCAGUAUGUACUAUUUACUCAAGAGCAUAACUCGAUGGCUCAACUGCUCUUGUAUUUUUGAAGAUGCUUGAUCCUAAGAUUGAAUCCCUGACCCCUAGGUCACUCUACCUCACUUUGGCUUACCGUUCCCCUCCCCAAACACCCCUUUUGUUACCACCAAAGAAAAAUGUUAAAUAAGAUUUGUUCUUUACUAUUUAUCCAGUGUAACAAUUUUUUUGCUAGUUAAUGGUUGAAUCCAUCUAAGUUAUCAUCAUCUCAAGAUAUUCAGCUAAGUUACAAGAGCAUCAAUUUUCCAACUUAGAAAUGGCUGCUUGGGUUUGGCUAGAAGAGAGAACUGGUAAACAAGUAGAUGGAAAUAAAUAAAUAAAAUCCAAAUUUCAUCAAUUGAAGACUAGGCUGGUCAACCCCUUGAUGUAAAUUUCUUCCAUUUGUAAAAGCAAUGCUUAAUUACUUAUUUCUUUGGUGAAUGAAGCACAUGGAAUAAUAUUUUAAACUCAUUUACUUUAUAAUUUUGCAGUAGAUUUGAUAGUUGCUACUAUUUAGUCUAACAAGUGUAUUGGCAUGUAAUAUAUAUUUUUGUAUUCCUUGUGUUUUCUGACAUGUGAAUCUAUUCAACCUGAUCUUAUGACCUCCACAGAUAUCAGCAAUUGAUCAAAGGUCAUUUUGUUUUUGUGGCUCUGAGAGGGGAGUGAUUCUAAACUAAAAUAUAUGGGGGCUGGGGAAGAGAGUACAGCUAAAUCUUCUAAAGUAUCUUCGGCAGCUCAGCAGGAGACACCAACAGCACUUGCAUAUCCUGACUGGUCAAGCUCCAUGCAGGCCUAUUAUGCUCCUGGAGGCACUCCACCUCCCUUUUUUGCCUCAACUGUUGCUUCCCCAACUCCCCAUCCCUAUUUAUGGGGAAGCCAGCAUCCUUUGAUGCCGCCAUAUGGGACUCCAGUCCCAUAUCCAGCUAUAUAUCCUCCUGGGAGUAUCUAUGCUCAUCCUAGCAUGGCAGUGAAUCCAAGUAUUGUCCAGCAAAGUACAGAGAUUGAAGGGAAGGGAGCUGAUGGAAAAGAUCGGGACUUGUCCAAAAAAUUGAAAGGAACUUCUGCAAAUACAGGUUCCAAAGCAGGAGAAAGUGGAAAGGCAGGCUCAGGUUCAGGCAAUGAUGGCAUAUCGCAAAGUGGAGAAAGUGGUUCAGAGGGUUCAUCAAAUGCUAGUGAUGAGAAUACUAACCAACAGGAAUCAGCUGCAAAAAAGAAGGGAAGCUUUGACCUGAUGCUUGUUGAUGGAGCCAAUGCACAAAACAAUUCUGCUGGUGCCAUUUCUCAAUCUUCUGUGCCUGGAAAGCCUGUUGUCCCAAUGCCAGCAACUAAUCUUAACAUCGGAAUGGACUUAUGGAAUGCAUCUUCUGGUGGUGCUGAAGCUGCAAAAAUGAGACAUAAUCAAUCUGGUGCCCCGGGAGUUGCCCUUGGUGAUCAAUGGGUACAAGAUGAACGUGAGCUGAAAAGACAGAAAAGGAAACAGUCGAACCGAGAGUCAGCUAGGAGGUCAAGAUUACGCAAGCAGGCUGAGUGUGAAGAGUUACAAAAGAGGGUGGAGUCGCUGGGAGGUGAGAAUCAAACUCUCAGAGAUGAGCUUCAGAGACUUUCUGAAGAAUGCGAGAAGCUUACAUCAGAAAAUAAUUCUAUCAAGGAAGAGUUGGAGCGGUUGUGUGGUCCAGAAGCAGUUGCUAACCUUGGAUGAGAAAGCAACGCAUUUCAGUUCCUCAGUUUAGUGUUUGAUGGUAACGGCAAAAUUUGAUAGAUUCUUAAUUAAGACGAAUCUGCAGCUAGAAUUUUCUUAUCAAUGGCCAGGUCUCUUAAUUGAGAAUAGGAUAUAAAGUUUUUUUCUUUGUUAUACUAACUCUAUGUCAUUAACCCUCAAUUGUAAUUGCCCUUGUGAUUUUACAUGUCAUUUGUUUGUAAUAUUAACCAGUACCUUAGAAUAGAAAACGUAGGCUACUUGAGCACUUUUGUUCAGAACUUAGUUUUGCAAGUGAUGUUAAGAAUCCUGCUUCAACUUUUCAAAUCUUUCACUAGUUGACUAUGGAAUCAUUUUUGUUCUACUUUA